UACAGCUGUCGCCAUCUUUGUUGUGUACAGUUACCAUAGUUACAAGUGGUGUUCUCGUCCAUCGCGAGCUUUACGCCCCUGCGUUCUGCAUAAGAUGGAUUUACUCACGUUUGGACUAAAAUCCUGUUCCAAGUUAAAUUGUAACAUUAAUAGAUGUAGUAUUUUACGAUUGGUUUCCCACAUUAGCAGUGUAACACGUCAAGCAUUUAAACCUGCAUCUGAGCAAGAGAUAUUUUAAAUUGACUGGUGAAGAAACAGUUUUAGUUAGCCUGCAGUUUGCGGUUCCACAUAUGUUGCAUGCCCAUUCGUCCGUCUUUCACAUUAUCAUUUAGUUGUAGAAAGUCAACAACAUGUGAAAUGUGUCUUUCGCUGAUUUCUGCUCAUUGAAUAUAUAUAAAAUGGCAUUUAAGUUGCAAUAUUUUGAGGUUUUGCGUUCUUUAAAAUUUAAAGCCCCCUGCUUCCGUUUCCGAGCUGUUUACCAACCGCCAUCAAACACCAGAAGAAGACCCACCAGUUCAGCGUUUUUAACGAUGGCUCACACCGAAGUGGUUUUAGACAAGGACCAGUUUAACUGCUCGAUCUGUCUGGACGUGUUGAAGGAUCCCGUGACCAUCCCCUGUGGACACAGCUACUGCUCUAACUGUAUCCAGAAUUACUGGGACCAGGACGACUACCUGGGAAUCUUCGCUUGCCCGCAGUGCAGACAGAACUUCAACCCGAGACCGGCGCUCGCCAAGAACACCAUGCUGGCCGACGUAGUGGAGAAACUCAAAAACACUGGAAUCCAAGAGGCCACGACGCCUGCAAAUCAAAGUUUUGCUGAGGCCGACGAUGUGGAGUGCGACGUCUGCACCGGGAGGAAAAACAAAGCUGUCAAAUCAUGUCUGGUGUGUCUGGUCUCGUACUGCGAUAUUCACGUCCAGCCUCACUACGAGUCUACUGCUUUCAAGAAGCACAAGCUGGUGUCGGCCUCCAAAAAACUCCAGGAGACAAUUUGUCCCCGACAUGACAGGCUGCUGGAAGUGUACUGCCGCACCGACAAGCACUGCAUCUGCUACCUGUGUCUGGCAGAUGAACACAAAGGGCAUGACACCGUGCUGGCUGAGGCAGAAAUACAACAGAAACAGAGGCAGCUUGGUGACAUGAAGCAGAGCUCUCAGCUGAAAACUCAGCAAAGAGAAAAGGAGGCCCAGGAGCUGAGACAAGCCAUUUUCUCUCUGACUCGCUCUGCUCAGGCAGCAGUUGACGAAAGCGACAGAGUCUUCACAGAGUUCGUUCAGUCAAUCCAGCUGAAGCGUUUUGAGGUGAGAGAGCUGAUCAAAGCCCAGGAAAAAACGGCCAUCAGUCAGGCUGAGCUGCUGCUGGAAAAGAUCCAGAAGGAGAUCGCUGAGCUGAAGAAGAAUGAGGCUGAACUGGACAGACUUUCCCAUACUGAGGACCAUGUGCAUUUCCUUCGGAGUUGUCAGUCUAUCCAUGCUCCACCUGUGCUGGCAGCUUUGCCUUCAGUCACUGUGGACCCAAACCUCACCUUUGGCCCAGUGAUGACUGCUGUGUCAGAUUUUAAAGGACUGUUGCAGGAGGUCUGCCAGGGAGGAUUUGUCGGCAUCUAUGAAAGAGUGAGAGAUGUAGUAAUUGUAGGUUCUCCAAAUCCUGCUGUCCAGCUCAACACAGCACAAGCUGAAGAUACCGGGUCUACUGCACAAAUGGAAACCACGCUAGUCUCUUCACCUGGCCUGGACCAGAGUCCCCUGAGCCCUCUCAACCCUUUCCUCUCUCCAUCGGUUGUGCCCAUGUUUGCCUUCUCACAGUUUGGCGCCAAACUCUCGUCAGGGUCCAGACAGAGGCACCCUCAGCGACGCGCUCACCCCAGGCGAAAAUAGAAUUCAAGUGGACAUCAAACUGUCCUUGCAUCUACAUGUCCAGAAUGCUACAGUACACGAGAGUGCUCCUCUCCUUUUUCUCUCACAAAUAUGUACUAUUCAUGAAAUGUAUGUUUAAUAAGCUAUCUUCUGCAUUGUCGUUUAAAGUUUCGUUUUCCCCAAUAAGCUGUACUUGCAUCCUUCAUCACAGUGCAAGUGAGAAAGAGAUGAGGAAAACAUUUGUAAGCACCACACAGUGAAUGCACAUUUACUUUAAGUAUGCGGUAUCUUAUUUAAGUAUUAGCAAGGAAAUCACCUUGAACUUUAGUCAAAUGUUAGUUUUUAUGAGGUUAUGCUUUUAUAAAUAUCAUUACAUUUGUUUGUUUUUUUUAACUUUAAACAUAAAAUGUAAUAAUAUAUUGUGAUUUGUGACACACAAAGUAAAAAGCAAACCUGUAGAAACUAGACUUUCUCCUGGAUGGGUCUGUUUUCUGCACUGGGGCUAGUUUACACGUUAUUGCAUUUUGAAGCAACACAGGCAUUAGGUGUCUGGUGUAGAAGUGGGAUAACAGGUUGACUGUGUACACACAAACAUUGCAAGGCUUUCCUGUAAAAUAACAUCAACAGAUCACUGCACCUAGUAU